AUGACAGCCUAUCGAGGCUAUAAAGGCGGUCCGGUAGGAUAUGGAGAUCCAGACGACCGCACCAUUGGGGAUACAGAGCGAGGCACGUUGUUCUCCAAAUUCGUUAAAGAACGUCUUAUGUUCGAUCUGUGUGAGCGUGAGUGGCGUCAUUGGCGUUCUUGUAUCCGCGCUCAUAAGGACAGUUUGGUCCCCUCGCGCAAGUGCAAGUUGGAAUUCGCUCUGGUCAAUGAGUGUCAAAAUACACUGGUUCAAGAUCCGGAGCAGAUGAAGAAAUUUGAGGAGGAAUACCUCCAGCGCAGAGCAGAGUUUCGUCGAACUGGUGUAGGUGUGUGUUACCUUACAAAAGAGAUGCUGAGGAAACCUGAUGUAGGCACAGAUGAAGCUAAAUGA